AUGGCAUCAGCUACUAGUGACGGUCAGCCGUUCAUCUCCCAGAUCCAGCUGCCUGAAUCACAAUCACGAUCUCAGUCCGACUUUGCAGACUGCGCCCACAGGACAGAAAAGACUACCAACACCAAGCGUAUAAUCGUCUGCUGUGACGGAACAUGGAACAACUCGUCGGUCUCCCAAGACAUCGCUGAUGUUUACCGAUUCGUGUGCGAUAACUACAACCCAGGAGAUGAGAUUUUUAUUGUCGGCUUCUCGCGCGGGGCCUUUACCGCGCGAUCGGUCUCCGGGUUGAUUUGCAAUCUUGGGCUUCUGAAUCGCGUCGGCUUAUCACAAUUCGGGGCAAUCUUCCACGACUACCAGACCUUCCCCAACUGGAAGUACCCUGGAAGUUUUGACAAAGACGACCAUUUGGUAGGCUUUACGCUUACCAAUUUCAUGCGCCGUAAGAAACAAAAAGCAUCCGAGGAUGACAAGGUCGAGGAACGCGAGAGUGCUGCCCUAGAAGAGGAAUUGAACAAAGAUAAAAGAAUGUUCUUUGAGACAAUGACCACAUAUCGUGAGAACAGGAAGGGUUACGGGCCAAUGGAUCUUCGCAAGAUGGCUGAGAAAUACAGAGACAGACUUGAAGAGCACGGCAUGGUUCUCACCAAGUGGGAGACGCAAUUCCGAGAUGGCCAGUUGGGCCUCUUCCCGGUCCCCACAGACGUCAAUGUUAGAGCAGUUGGUCAGUCUUCGAAUCCUAAACCCCACAAAUGA